CAAAGAGAGACGCACAUGAGAUCGAGAUUUCUGUGAAACGUCAUUGAUUGUUACAUUUCUAAAUACUGUUGUGAUUUAUCAUGCUAAACCUAAGAUUAUAAUACUAGUGCUAGGAUUUUUAAGUGGAAUUUAUUCUGUAGUUGACGAAAAAAAAAAGACUUUCUAGUUAUUAAUAAUUUCACAAUGAAGAAUCUGCUGUCGUACCAAAGACCCCAUAUUUGGACAACUUUAUUUUAUACAGUUCUAGUCUCUGUGAAUGCGUUGCCAAAGGUGAACAAAGAUGUUGUGGAGGGCGAAACGGUUCGUCUCCAAUGUAGGUUCAACCCAGCACUGUCAUCAGGAAAAGUUUUGUAUUACUGGAUCAGGACGAACAAUGAUGGAAAAGACAAUGCGGCUAUUAGUGGUGUGGCCCUAGACCCACACUAUCAAGUGGAAUUCGCCCCAAACGACGGCAGAUACGACCUUCUUAUCUCGCAUGCAAAGUACGACGCAGACAAUGGUCAGUUUGAAUGCAAACUUAAGGAAGGGGGUAGUGGAGCCGACAUUCAUAACAUGGCUUUCUCAGUUACGGUCCUCAUUCCACCAGGACCCCCUAAUAUUAUUCCAACUAACCCUACUGCGCGAGAGGGAGAGCCAUUCACUCUUACAUGUUCCAGUGAAGGGGGUAGCCCUGAUCCACUCAUUCGCUGGUAUCGAGAGGGGACUCUGUUACAAAGUCAGCUACAGAAAGGAGGAUCACGGGAUAAGCCUACUUCGAGUAUCUUAACGAUAUCACCAAAAAUGGAAGAUGAUGGGUCCACCUAUCGAUGUACUGUGUGGAAUCGGGCGAUUGGCGAAGAAGAAAAAAUUGAAACCAGCGUGAAGUUGAAGGUUCAUUAUUCUCCAAGAGUGACAGUUGGACCUUAUAAUCCAUUGAAUAUAUUAGCCAAUAGUGAUGCUGUAUUAACUUGUUCGGUGAUCGCCAGUCCUUCUGUCCGUUCAGUUCGUUGGUCAAAGGAUAACCAUUUGCUAUCUAACUCGUACAAUCACACAAUUCUUGCUGUAACGCCAGAUGACAGUGGCAUUUAUACAUGUAUCGCUGACAAUGGGGUUGGAAAAGCAAGUCGGGCCAAUCUGGAACUUUCUAUUUUAUAUGGACCUAAAGUCACAGUUGAAAACCAGAAGGAGGUUUCAAAGGGUGAAUCUUUAUCAAUAAAGUGUAAUGUGAAUUCCAACCCACCACCCCAUUCGUUGCUCUGGUUAAAAGAAGGCGAUCCUUUCUUCCGGAAAAGUGGUGAUAUUUUGAAUCUCAUCGCAGUAUCCGCUGAAGUAUCUGGAAAUUACAUCUGUCAGGCUACCAACACCUUACAAGCAUCAGGAUCUAGAAGUCGGAAGGAAGUUAGGAACAACGCAACAACCACCAUUUUUGUACGACAUAAGCCUGGAGAUGUUGAGAUCGUCCCAAACAAUCCUGUGGCUGUAGCUGGGCAGCCUUUUACCCUAACGUGUGUAGCCCGUCCUCCGGGAUGGCCGUUACCAGAGUACCGUUGGUGGAAGGAAGGUAAAGAAGGUACAGGCUUGGCCAGAAGGAUGAACUAUACCAUCGUGCCUGUACACGUGAGCCACGAAGGCCAGUACUACUGUCAACCUCAAAAUUCUCUUGGUCAGGGCAGCAUUGGGUCCGUAUAUCUCACGGUUCAUGAGCCACCAUCUAUUGUAAUACCUUUGAUGCCACAAGUAAUUAAGCAAGAAGGAGACGCUAGUUUCAGCAUUUCGUGCAAAGCUCGUGGAAAACCUAAACCCCAGGUCCGCUGGCUACACAACGGACAAGAAAUUCAAAGGCAAAUCAAUGUAUUUAGAAUUGAAACGUUCGACCAAGUAGAAGACAAAAAUGCUUAUUUGGUGCAAAGUACACUGACAUUUCAAGGAACAGGUAGAAAACGAGAGACCCUUUCUCUUGUGGACAGAGGGAAAUACACUUGCGAAUUUGAGAAUGGAUUUGGAGAACCUGCCAAAUCUGAAAUGAUGCUUAGAAUUGAACAUUCCCCUGUCGUGAGACACACGUACAAUCGCAUGGCUUUUGAUAUGGGAGAAAUUGCCAUUCUACAAUGUAAAAUGCAAGCCUACCCGGAGCCCACGUUUGAGUGGUUUUUCAAAGGGCGUAUUUUAGACAAUUACGGAAAUUAUGGCACAAAUGUUACAGACCUGGAUAAUGACAUUUAUGUGGGAUCCCUGUCAAUCAGAGAUGUAAAAGAUUCGGACUAUGGUGAUUACACUUGUCAGGCCUGGAACCAGGUUGGAGACGAUGAGAAGACAAUAAUUAAACUUGUCAGGAAGAGUGCACCAGAUAGACCUUCAGGUAUUAGAGCAACGGAUGUUAACUCUGAUAGAAUCACCUUAAGAUGGAUUGAAGGAUUCAAUGGAGGAUUCUCAAACACAGAAUUUCUUGUCACGUAUGUAAACCUUGAGACAAGGCAUUCCAAAAAUGAAUCCUGUCGUGAUCAAAAUCCAUGUCAGAUUACAGGACUUCAGUCAAAUACAAACUACAGGUUUAAAGUGACAUCAGUUAAUCCACGUGGGUAUAGCCCCUACUCUGAAGAUAUAGUUGUUUCUACAAAAGUGAAUCUUAAAGAUAUGCCUCGAGUAGCUGUCGCUCAGUAUCAUAGAGAAUCAUACCUUGUAUAUUUUCAAGUGAACCCUACAGGCCUCAGUUUACUUGCUAAGGUGGAAGCUAAGCAAAAUGGAGAAAGUGAAUGGCAAUUUCAGAAAAUUAUUCCUGUAGAAAAAGAAGAAAAUGAAGUACAUUUAGAUUCUGACCAUGGAGAGUUUAGUGAUGUUCGAAUUGUAUUGUGUCUUCAAAGCAACGAGUCAUGGUGUGGAGAUGAAAAGCUGGCAGAGCCAUAUAUUGGUGGAGUUUCUCAAGCUGUAGGAGCCAAACCCCCAUUAUCUAAAUCAACGAUGAUUAUAAUUUCCACAAUAGCAGCUGCAGUCUUUUUGUCAUUUGUAAUUCUUGUCAUAUGUUGCUGUUGGAAGAGAAAAAAUAAAAAAACUAUGAAAAAAGAAUAUGAAAUGAAAGCAACAAAUCCUCAGCCAAAGACAAUAUCACCUCCGUACUAUCCAGACAGUGGAGUUGUGAACAGAGGAGUGGAAGUACCUAUGGAAGAUAUGAGCAAGGCUCCAGUAUAUGGACAUUCUCUUCAAGGAUUUAAUGGAGGGUUAAUCAAUGGGCCGGUUCAUUCUAAUGGAAUGAUAUACUUGCCAGAGCAAGAAUCAAAUGGUAAUGACAGCCAUUCAGAUUUGUGGAUGAAAAGUGGAGGAGAUAUACCCCCUGAAAGUUCCUACCACCCCUAUGAUGGUGGACUACCUAAUGGCUAUUACUAUGCAGAGGAUUACCAGCCACUUACCGAGGAUGUGAUGAACAUGAAAAACAGAGAGCAUUUACAUUCACCAUAUUAUGAUGUAAGUGGCCUCCCAGAUCCUUAUGCUCUAGGUGAUGAAGAUAAGACUCAACAGAUCUCUCUAAGUUUUGAUGAAAGCUUAGAGAGUGCAUACUCAACUCCUAACUCUCGAAAUCGUAGAGUUGUUCGUGAAAUUAUCGUGUAAAAGAAAAGCUAUUGCAUUUGGUUGCCAAAGGAAAAUUAAGAUUUAUUUUGUAAUGUACAGAAGGUAUAUUACAAAGGAUGUAGUUGUUAAAGUGAUGAAGUUUGCUGGUUUAGGACGAUAUUGUAAAUAGGUUGUAUUUACAGAAUGUUAUGCCAUUCUAUCGGUAAAUGUUGCUUGACUUCCUGGAAAGAUGGUGAUAAAACUGUGAAUUCACUUCGUGAGGUGAAGGAAAGUGUACCCUUGCAUUAACUUCAAGAACAAGAUGCAUCACCACACCCGCCGUAUGGAAACUUGUUAAUUUUAAUAACGAAGAUCAGUGAGUUAGGAGAUGAAAUACUUUUAGAGCAGUGAUACAUUUAGAGAAAAUAUCUGCGUAUCACUAAAUGGCUAUAUCAGAUUAAAUCAAGACCAUUUUUUUAUACUCUCUCUCAGUGACAGAAAGUGUACAUAACAUGAACUGCUAUUAGAAUGUACCAUGGUGUGAUUCGUUUCUCUUUACAGCACAUUUGAGCAAGACUGGUUCCUCCUUAACAUUGUCGCACAAAUGAUGUUUUUGCAAAGUUUCCAUCUUACAUCCCAUAACGAAAUAUUUUAACACUUAGUCCACAUGUUUUACACGUAUUGUAUUCUGUUUUGUUUUGUCUUGUGCUGAUUUUUUUUAAUUGCUGUUUAAUAUGUUUUACUGAUCAACACAACAUAUGAUUCAUUACACUUCCAUUUUUAGCAAAGUUUCGAGUUACAUUUUCUUUUUUUGUUAUUCAUAAACAAAGAGAUGUGACUAAGGAUUUGCAAUUUAAUUUGAAUUUUUCAAACUUGUUUCAUUAUCCUUCACAAUUUCUAACAUUCUAAAAGAGCAAACAAAACACUUACUUUCUUCUAAUGAUAAACAUUUGUAGUUUAUCUAGAAAAAAAUCACAAGAAAAGAUUUAAAAGAAUUCCUAGGCAUUUUGUAUCUGAAGUGUGAAAUAGUGGGUCAAUUUUCAGGGAUUAGUUUUUUAGGACUCACAGCUAUCUGUCCUGAAAACUUAUCACAUGGAAAAGGCAUGUGCAUUUCUACCAGACUGGGGGGGGGGAUAAGAACUUUAAAGAUCUUGCUAAAUAUAAGAUUUAAAAAGAAUUCAUGGGCAUUUUGUACCUGAAGUGUGAAAUAGUGGGUCAAUUUUCAGGGACUAGUUUUUUACAUUCAGUGUUGCUAUCAUCCAAGUGGAGACAUUAGCACAUUUGAAUGUUGCAUCUUCAUUGAAUAACUUGGCAAUCUAAAAUCAAAAUUAUAAUUUGUUUUGUGACGAUCUGAGUGUGCUUACUUUUUUUUACCAAAUGUUUAUGAAGAACUACAAGUCUUCUGUUUCCAAAUUGUUGAAGUCCUUAUUGCACUGCGAUAUUUAACUGAUUGGAAUAUUUAGUGUUUUGUCAUACAUGUUGUACAACAUUACUCGUAUUUUCUGUGAUAAUAUCAGAGGUCACAUGUAUAAAUAUGUAAAAUACAUCAUCAUAAGAUGACUUAACUUUAACCCGAUUAUGUUUGCUUUAAGACGCAUGUUUAAUAAUGGCAGUCUUCCUAAUUUUCAGUUAAAACUAGAUACACUAAUAUCAGUUUUAUAAAAACAGCAAAAGGCAUUCGGUCUGUUUAACCUUGAGAAAUAGCAUUAUAAACAUUCUGAUAUAAAUAAUUAUUGGUUUUAAAUAAGAUUAAACUAAUAAAUUAGAAAAUAAAGCAGUUUUGUGUAUGAAAGUAACUUAUUUCUCAGUAUGUUUAACUAAAUAGCUUCGUUCCAAGUUUUUGUUAAUAUAAGCUGUUGAAAGAAGUCUAUUGUAAUUUCUGUUUGAAUCCCAGCGAGAGGAAAUCACUUUUAUUUGAUGAUAUACGAUGAGAAGAAUUUUUUUUUUUGAUAUACCGAAGAUAGAAUUAUCAUGUAUCAAAAAAUGUUUUUGUUUGUAAACUAACCAUAACUUAUAAUUUGACAUCAUCAACAAUUUUAUUUUAACAACUUGCUUUAUUUGUAGCUUAUAAAAACAUAAUAAACAAAUAGAACUACACGAAUAAAACUAACGUUUUAAAAACACAAACUAAACAUCAAUAACAUAUCUUAGUUUCAUUUACCAAGUGCGUAUUGUCUACCAUUAACUUGUAUAGUAGUUUAUUACUACUUGCCAGAAAAGUGUUUUUAUUGCUAGAAUUGUAAGCAUAUAAAAAUUUAAAAAUCCCAUAAAAUUAUCAUAUGAUCUGAUGCUUUUGAUUUAUAUUUUAUUAUGUAAAUAUUGGAUUUCUUUCCAGAGAAUUUGCUGUUUUUUUUUAAUUAUUUUAACAAUGUAACUGUAAAGCUUCAUCUUGUUUAAACGAAAAAAGUUUUUACUCAAUAAACAGUCUCAUUCAUUUUAACUGAAGAGCGUUCUUAUUUAAUUAACUAAUUAUCAUAAUAUGAAUUUCUGAGUUUUAUUUCUAUCUCGCCAACAGGGAAAAAAACUGACAGACAAGUUUGCUGUGUUAUUCAACUUAACCGAUUCAUUGUAUUUCGAGUUUUAUAUAAACGUUUGUAUAGCUAAGUCUUUAAAUAACUCGUAAACCUUACAAUAGUACAAGUCAAUACUUCGU